CUGCUGAGCCGGCCGGGGUGGCGGGGGCGAGCGCUAGCCGAGCCCCUCCCACCUUGCCCCGGGGCAGGCGAGCAGCGCCCGGGAACCUCCUCUUAGCCAGCAGCCCCGCCAGCGCCACCCCCCGCGGGCUGCAGGGGCUAAUGCAGCCGCCAAGGGAGAGGCUAGUGGUAACAGGUCGAGCUGGAUGGAUGGGUAUGGGGAGAGGGGCAGGACGUUCAGCCCUGGGAUUCUGGCCGACCCUCGCCUUCCUUCUCUGCAGCUUCCCCGCAGCCACCUUGCCGUGUAAGAUCCUAAAGUGCAACUCGGAUUUCUGGAGCGCCACGUCGGGCAGUCACUCGGAGGACGCCCCCGAGUUCUGCACGGCCCUGCGCGCCUACGCCUACUGCACGCGGCGCACGGCCCGCACCUGCCGGGGCGACCUGGCCUACCACUCGGCUGUCCAUGGCAUAGAGGACCUCAUGAGCCAGCACAACUGCUCCAAGGAUGGUCCCACCUCGCAGCCACGCCUGCGCACGCUCCCGCCAGCAGGGGACAGCCAGGAGCGCUCCGACAGCCCCGAGAUCUGCCACUAUGAGAAGAGCUUCCACAAGCACUCAGCGGCCCCCAACUACACGCACUGCGGCCUCUUCGGGGACCCGCACCUCAGGACUUUCACAGACCGCUUCCAGACCUGCAAGGUGCAAGGCGCCUGGCCGCUCAUCGACAACAACUAUCUGAACGUGCAGGUCACCAACACACCCGUGCUGCCCGGCUCCGCCGCCACCGCUACCAGCAAGCUCACCAUCAUCUUCAAGAACUUCCAGGAGUGCGUGGACCAGAAGGUGUACCAGGCCGAGAUGGACGAGCUCCCAGCCGCCUUUGCCGACGGCUCCAAGAAUGGCGGGGACAAGCACGGGGCCAACAGCUUGAAGAUCACAGAGAAGGUGUCCGGCCAGCACGUGGAGAUCCAGGCCAAGUACAUCGGUACCACCAUCGUGGUGCGCCAAGUAGGCCGCUACCUGACCUUCGCCAUCCGCAUGCCGGAGGAGGUGGUCAAUGCCGUGGAGGACCGGGACAGCCAGGGCCUCUACCUUUGCCUGCGGGGCUGCCCCCUCAACCAGCAGAUUGACUUCCAGGCCAUCCAUGCCGUGGCCACUGAGGGCCAUGGUGCCCGCAGGCCAGCGGCUACCAGUCCCACACCCACGACCCCCGAGACCUUCCCCUACGAGACGGCGGUGGCUAAGUGCAAGGAGAAGCUGCCCGUGGAGGACCUCUACUACCAGGCCUGUGUGUUCGACCUGCUCACCACAGGCGACGUGAACUUCACGCUGGCCGCCUACUACGCCUUGGAGGACGUCAAGAUGCUGCACUCCAACAAAGACAAACUGCACCUGUAUGAGAGGACUCGGGAGCUGUCGGGCCAGGCGGCCGCUGCACCGCUGCCCCUGGUCCCCCAGCCCCUCCUCAGCGCCCUCCUCAUCCUCCUUGCCCUGCUCCCUGUGUUCUUGUAGGACAUAGAGGAGGCGAGAAAUCUGUCCCCAGGCACAUGGGCCCCUGAACCCUCAUUUCUCCAUUUGAGGUGCCGGCCAGUAGGUGCAGUAUGGCAGGCCGUUCCCUGCAGCCCAGC